AUGUCAACGGGGUUGCCUACGCCAGAGCAAAGUGAUAUGGCCACUCCUUCCCGGUUGAAGUCCCCCCGACCUCUCGCCUGCGUACCCUGCCAGCAGCGAAAGAACCGUCGGCGAAAAUGCUUUCCGGAGAGAGCCCUUUUGGAUCGCCUCCGGAAGUAUGAGUCUUUGCUCCGCCAGAAUAAUGUCAGAUUCGACCCGCUUCAUCGAGACCGCGUCGGCUCUGAAAGCAGUAAUGAUUCGGAUCAUGAGCAACAUGACGCCAGUGACACACAUUUGUCACAUCCUGUGAAUUCUUCAGGACCUAAGAAGUCUUACGAAGCGAAAUCCCAUUCAUAUCUUCCGGCUAUGGCAGAUCUAUCUCGUAAUGUCGAUCCUCUGCUCAAGGUCACUCAUACUCCAAGUCUCCAGGGGCGGAUUAUCGAGGCCGCCGGUAACCUUGCAAGCAUCAACCCGGUCCUCGAGGCGCUUAUUUUCGGCAUAUAUUGCAUGGCCAUAUUAAGCCUAUCUGUAGAUGACUGUCAGAACAUGUUUGGUUCUUCAAAAGAAGACCUUUUGGCCAAGCCCCAAUUUAGUUGUCAGCAGGCUCUAUCGAACUGCGAGUUCCUCAGGUCAAGUGAUCGCGACGCUUUAACAGCGUUCUACCUAUAUCUGGUCUCAUCAUUCUCUGAUAGAAAUCCUCGGUCCCUCUCUUCUAUGCUUACCAUUGCGAUCCGCAUAGCUCAACGCACGGGGAUACACAACGAAGCGACUCUAGCCAGAUACUCUGUGAUCGAGGCUGAAAUGCGCCGGCGGCUUUGGUGGUCGCUCGUGCUCUUUGACUCUCGCAUUAGCGAGAUAACGGAGUACAGUAUCACCGUGCUAGCUCCUACCUGGGACUGCAAGAUUCCCCUCAAUGUCAGCUAUUCGGACCUCCAAACAGAGAUGAAAGAGCCUCCGGUAGCCCGGGAACAAGCCAGCGAGGCUAUCUAUGCCGUUACACGCAGUGAACUUGGAGAAUUCAUCCAUCACGCACCAUUCCAUCUCGAUUUCACUAACCCGGCCUUGAAGCCCAUUGCCAAGGAUCUGCCAGAUGGAGGCGAUAUCGGCGCUCUGGAGAAGAUAAUCGAGAAGAAAUAUCUCGAAACCUGUGAUCCCCAGAAUCCACUCCACUUCAUGACUAUCUGGAUGACGCGAGCACAGCUCGCCAGAUACCACCUUGUCGAACAUUACUCGAAAUAUUCUAAUUCGUCUUCGCAUUCGAAGGAGUCGCAGCGCGAUGCUGCUAUGUCCCAUGCGUUGGGCAUGCUUGAAUGCGACACUAAGAUCAUGACAUCCCCUCUGACCAAACAAUUUCAUUGGUUUCUUCAUUCCAACUUCCCGUUCUUCGCAUACAUCUACAUCCUUCAGCGCCUGAAAGAGCGCCCUAUCAACACGCAAGCUGAACAGGCCUGGGAAGUAAUGAGUGACAAUUACGAAGCUCGAUUCGGUUCCCUGAAUGUAGUCGAUAAUCCUCUCUUCCGAACUUUUAUCCAAGUUGUGCUACCGGCCUGGGACUCCUUCGAGGUUGCUUUCAAACGGCAUGGAGAAUCAUUGUCUCCGCCAAGAAUUGUGUCAGAUAUCAGACAAAAGUUGACGGAAAUACCACGAGACACAGAGACCCCGGGUACGGAUUAUAACACUAUGACUGGACUGAAGGACCGUUUCACAGCCCAUGAGCUCUAA